AUGGUAUCUGCUCCCCCUACUGAAGGCCGAGCGCAGCAGCAGUUGUCUUCUUUGUCUAUCAUAAGCAGCACGACAGCAGCGCUGCUGCCUCAGCAGCAAACUGCUGCAGCAGCUCACCAGCCUCUCUCGCAGCAACGGUUGCAACGCCGUAGCAGCAGCAGCAGCAGCAGCAGCAGCAACCAGCGCAGCAGCAGCAGCAACUGCAGCAGCAGCAGCAGCAGCAGAAGUGACUGCAGCUGCAACAGCAAGAAAAGAAGCAGCAGCAGCAAAACCAGCCAGCGCAGCAGCAGCAGCAACUGCAACAGCAGCAGCAGCAGCAGAAGUGACUGCAGCUGCAACAGCAAGAAAAGAAGCAGCAGCAGCAAAACCAGCAGCAGCAGCAGGUGUAGUCGCGUCAGUGCUGCACAGCCCAGCAGCAGCAAACCCACUGCUACCCCCAAACUAGAACAAGCUCAAGCAGCAGCAGCAGCAGCAGCAGCAGCAGCAGCAGCAGCACCAUGCAGGCUAGCAGCAGAUUCUCCUCGGCGUGCAGCGACGCCACUGUCGCCCUGUCGAGCGGACAGUGGGGAACCUGAAGGUACUAUGGAGAAGCAGUUUGCUGCUGCUGCUGCUGUUGCUGCUGCUGCUGUUGCUGAUGCAGCAACUGCAACAGCAGCACUAGUAGAACCUGCAGCAGCUACAGCAGCUACUCAACCAGCCGCAGCAGCACACAGCGCAGCAGGAUCACCACAUCACGCAGCAGCAGCAGCAGCAGCAGCACCAGGAGCAGCAGCAACAGCAGCAACAAAAGUAGCAGCAGCAAACCUGGAGCCAUCAAUGAAGCCGACAGAAGCAGCAGCUGCGACUGCAGCAGCAAUACCUGCAGCUGCAGCAGCACCAACUGCAGCAGCCGCACCAACAGCAGCAGCAGCAUCACUAGGAAUUGCAGCAGCAGGAACUGCAGCAGCAGAGGCAACAGAACCCGCAACAACACCUGCUUUAGAACCUGCAGCAGCAGCAGCAGCAGCAGCAGCAGCAGCAGCAGCUGCAGCAGAACCUGCAGCAGCAGCACAUCCUGCAGUAGCAGCAGAUACUGCUGCUGCUGCAGCAGAAACAGACGUAGGAACAGCAGCAGAAUAUGCAGCAGCAGCAGCAGGAGCGGCGACAGCAGAAACUACAGGUGCAGAGCCUGCAGCAAUUGCAGCAGCAGCAGGUGAUGCAGCAACAGCAGCAGCAACUGGUGUGGCAGCAGCAGAACCUGCUGCAGCAGCAGCAGCAGCAGCACCAGCAGCAGGUGGUGCAGCAACAGCAGCACAAGUUGAUGCAGCAAGAGCAGCAGAAGUUGCUGCUGCAGCAGCAGCAGCAGAAAUAGCAGCAGCAGGAAUAACAACAGCAGACAUUGCAACAGCAGAAGUAGCAGAAGCAGCAGCUGCAGAUGUAGCAGCAGCAGCAACAGGAACAGCAGCAGCAGCAGCAGCAGCAGCAGCAGGCAGCAGCAGCAGCAGCAGCAGCAGCAGGAGCAGCAGCAACUGA